AUGGCUGAAGCAGUCGGACUGGCUUCCGGCAUCGCCGGGCUGGUCACCAUAGCCAUGCAAAUCUCCAAGCUCAGCUACGACUACAUGUCCACCGUCAAAUCCGCGCACGAAACACAGAAACAGUAUAUCCGCGAGGUUACCGGGCUGACAGACGUGCUCCUCCGAAGCGAAGAGGCCGUUCAGAACAUUGACGAGGGAAACAUCGGGUUCAGCCGACCGGCAGGCUUAUCGCAGAGGGUCAUGGAGGAUGUCGCCGAGGAGUUGGAGAAGCUGUGUUCCCAGUUGCGGAAGCCCUCGCCCAGCAUCUUCUGGCCCAUCAAAGAAAAGAACCUGAGGAAACAAAUUGAGGACCUUCACCGGUUCCGGAGCAUCUUCACGGACUUCCUGGCGGCGCAGAACCUCGUCGUCGCGUCGGCAACCCAUCGGGGCGUCUCCCGGCUCAGCAACCACCAAGACCAAAAAGACCUACUGGAAUGGCUCGGCAGCCCAAAGAGAACCUCUGGCACCGUCCCGAAUCCUCUUUCGGGUACUGGGGAGUGGCUCUUGGAGUCGGACACAUACAAGCAGUGGGCAGCCGAGAGCGGACCGCCUCUUCAUUGGUGCCACGGCCCCCCGGGCGUCGGGAAAUCGAUGCUCGCGGCUGUCAUUCUCCACCAUCUCAACACAAGUAUCGAGUCCUUCGCUGUUCUGCAUUACUUCUUUGACUUCGUCAAUCGAAAAGAGCAGACAAAGGAAGCAAUCUGGAAGGACCUGCUGUGCCAGAUCAUCGCGACGGGCCACGUCUCUGUCAUCCAGGCGCUCACCGGUCUGCGGAAGCAGUCGUCGGGCCUUCAUCGGUCGGCUUCCCCUGAGGAUGUCUACAAUGCGCUGAAAACCGUCUGUACUGUCCAGCAGUUCUUUUUGGUCCUUGAUGGCCCUGAUGAGAUGGAAAAUCCGAGGGGCCUGAAAACCGUCUUGGCUCCUCUCGUCAAAGGCAACUGCAGAGUCCUGAUCACCAGCAGAGACAUACCAGAGAUUCGUUCCACGCUGGACGAAGCAUCGAAUGCGGAAGUGCAGGCCGAUGAGAAAGACUUGAGGGCCUACUUGGCCUCUCGAUUCGAGGAGAAUGGCUUGGAGGACGUGAUGGAACAGCACCCCCACUUGGAAAGGGAUAUUCUCGACAAAUCGCAAGGAAUGCAAGUAUUCCAUAACAAUGAGGAAAGCACUUCGAAUCAUCUGGUUGAGCUCAGCACCGUCAAGGAAAUGCGACAAGCCCUAAAGGUCUAUCCGGACCAUCUCGAAAAGGCGUUCGAAUCGAGUCUCGAAAGGAUUGACGCGCAGUCAAAGUCACAACGCACCCUAGCACAUCGAGUAAUGGGUUGGAUCAUCUCUGCCGAGAGAAAACUCCAAAUGGCAGAACUCAUUCACGGUCUCGCCACCGAGGAAGACUGUGAUGAGCUUGACGACGAGAACCUCGUGUCACCAAAGACUCUCUUGAAGGUGUGUGGAGGGCUCGUGGUCAUCCAAGGGGGCUCGGUGAGCAUGGUACACAGCACCGUACACACUUGGCUGUGCAACCGCUACAAUGGCCUCUACCAUGGCGACAUCGCAGACUCAUGCUUGAGAUACCUCACCAUGCGCACAUUCGCCGGCGGAGUUGCUCAUACGGCGGAGGAGAUGGACACACGUAUGGAGACGUUUGUCUUUCUCUCCUAUGCCGCCCUAUUUUGGAGGAAGCAUCUUGACGAGACGGUCGACCUUAAGGCGGGUUCCGUCGACAGGCUUCUUGACAACCCCGGGCUGCGGGCUGCUGCUUUCCAAGCAUCACACUACAAGAACAGCUUGAAAUCCACAAUCACCAGGACGGCAGUGUUCGAAACAAUACCUAGCGGCCACACGGCCUUGCAUUUUGCUUCGUAUUGGAACCUACCGGAAAAGAUCACUAGCCUUCUCUUCCAAGGCGAAGACAAGAACGCUACGGAUACUCAAAUGUGGACUCCGCUUCAUUGGGCAUGUUUCAGUCAAAGCCAAGAGGCUGUCGAGAUUCUUAUUGCUCACAAGGCCGACACCAACGCAAGAGACUCGGUCAAUUGGACCCCUGUCUUCUGGGCGGCGUUGAAUGGUAACACAAAGACAGUAAAACUGCUGCUUGACAACGGCGCAAGCCAUAUGGCGCGCGAUGUUCACGACUGGACAGCCUUGAGGUGGGCAGUGGCAAGCCUACAGACGGACGUCGUCAAGGCCUUGCUCGAACACCACAGCAAUUCCCUCUCUGGCACACACCACAACGAGCAGAUUCCGGCCCCGAAGGACCUUAGUUAUGAUGAGGCACGUCGCUACUUCACUCCACAUUUACCCACAGACACCAAGCGAGACCUUAUCGACGAGUUGCAGGGUAGCUCGGUGGAUAUUAGCAACAACAGAAGCGAUUACGACGACCUUGUCGCUGUCUUUCAGGAACCAUCCUUCAAUAUGAAGGACCUCUGGGUAACCGGUCGUUUCGAUCCACCGGUUGGGAAUGAAUGGCGUACCGCGUCCAAAUUGAACCCCCCAUCAGGUCGUAGCGUCGACAUCGAUGACAGCUCCCGUCGAAAAUGUGAGACGGCUGCGUCUUGGAAAUCGAGAAUGCUACUAUCAGCCAUCAGAGACGGCAAGCUCCUUGCCUUGCGUCUCUUGUUGGAGGCGGGUGCGAACGUCGGCGCGGAGGCCGAUGUGCAGUCGGCUUUGCACACGGCCACUCUCAGAAAGGAUCCUCGCUUCGCAGAGAUCCUCAUUGAGUACGGAGCUGACAUGGAAGCCCGUAACCCCUUCAAUUUCACACCGUUGCAGCAAGCCGCCUUCAGAGGAUUUGAGGAAGUUUGUGAGAUUCUACUUUCAAAGGGCGCGAAUGCAAAUGCCUACUACUCAUUUCUCGAACGGGACAGGCUUGCUGCUUGCCACACGCCUCUUAUGCUCGUUUGUGGCCUGAAACCAGAGUCAGGAACAGACGAACUUGAUCUCCAGGCUCGCAUGGUUCGAACGCUCCUCAAGUACGGAGCUGACCCCAACAUCAAAGACGGCGGAGUCGACGGGACGACCGCCCUUCACCAUGCUGCCAUGGUGGGUGACCUGAGAAUACUGCGUCUUCUUUUAGAUGCUGGCAGCAACCCGCGACAGCUUGACAACCAUGGAAGAACUGCAAUACACUACCUAAUUCUAGGUCGAAAUGGUGCCCCGGACUGCUCAUUCUCAAGAUGUUGGAUUCCUGGACAGGCAACGGAAUGUCUAACUGUCUUGACUGAACGUUGCGGUUUAGAUUUUGUGAACAAAACGUGUAACAUGAUGAGCCACUGGCGUACCAACGUGAGUCGCUUCUUUACUCCGCUAUCCCUUGCAGUACUCUAUGAGUGCUGGGAGAUACUGGAAGCACUCCGAAACUUGGGGGCAAUUUAUGAGACGAACAUGCCGCUUGAUGGCUGUCUACGCCAACCGCUCCUGGAAUUGCAGGUCUCAGCCGUGGAAUUGCUCGUCGAGAACGGCGCAACAUUUCCCUCUAUAGAUGGGUGCUCGUGGGUUGAUGAGUUGUGUUUGUUUUCUCCAAAUCACAAGACCACCUCGGAUGAGGUUGGCCGGCUCAAAAGGAUCUUGGCCAUGCUUAUUCCGCGAGGACUCGAUAUCAAAGCCGUUGACGAGCGCGAGGAUACGCUUUUGCACCAUGCCAUCCGGACAGGCUCGAAUGAGCUCGUCGAGUGCCUGCUGGAUGCUGGAGCCGACCCGCACCGAGAAAAUCGAGACGAGGUUGACGCUUUUCUGCUGGCUUGUUUGAGUCAACAGCUUGAUUUAUUGAAGAUUCUCCUCGGCCAUUCCAAGAACAACACCUUCACGUCUCACUGGAAGCAUCACCUCGAGUCUCCAGAGAUCUUGGGGGACGAAAGUCUUUUUGCUGCGGUCUGCAAAGCCCUCGUCUUGGCCGACCAGAUCCACAGACCAUUACGAGGGGGGACUAUACUUUCACAGGCCGCCGGAUCUGACAACCUUGUCUUCGUCAAAGAGCUGUUGACUUGUGGCGCCGAUCCGGACCUUGGAGAUGAAAAAGGGCGACGACCGCUCCAUGUUGCAGCCGAGAAAGGCCACACAUUUAUUAUCGAGACCUUGGUCAACUCAGGCGCUGCUGUUGACGUGCUGGAUGAACGGCAAUGGACACCUCUUCAUUAUGCAGUAUAUGGAGGGCACCCGUGCAUUGUCGAUACGUUGCUCAUGAACGGCGCUACAGUCGAUGUGCUGGACGACUGGCAAUGGACACCUCUUCAUUAUGCAGCAUUUCAUGGUCGUACAGAAACAGCUCGACUGCUACUCAAGGGUGGCGCGUCUGCGAUGACCGCGGCCUCGAUAUCCAUAAAGAACCCCAACUACCGGGACAUGCCGUGUUGUUUACGGCACGGAUAUGCCUCGACGGUGACACCUCUCCACCUUGCAGCCAUGGCUGGCGUUGCCGAGACCGUUCGCUUGAUCCUUGAGGGAACCGUCGACGUGGAUACAAGCACGGCCGCCCCGGUCCAGAACGCGAUUCAGGAUGGAUUCUAUCGUGUACCAACGCUGGGAAGUGGUUUCACGGCAUUGCACCUUGCUCUCGGCACGUGGAAAGACUUAACUUGGGAACGAUUCAUGCCGAGUAAAGAAGAACUGGAGAUCAUUUCGAUGCUGGUCAAUCGUGGCGCGAGUGUCGAAGGGGCGGCGAACCAUUUGCGAGUCGAAGACAUCGCAAAAUUUGAGGAGUUUCCUGAGUUGUGGGACAACCUGAGGGCAGGCAUCACAGUUGAAUAA